GCACUGUUGGGUACGGCUUGCCAAUUAAGCAUUUCACUGUACUUGCAUGUGAUGUGGUGCAUGUGACAAGUAGAACAUGAACUUGAACUCGCCUUUUAUGGAAAAGUACUUUAAGGUUCUAGGUUGGUGAGCAAAGACAAUGUGCUAUCAGUCAGAAUACAAGGCUUUGCCCUCCACCACUCCACCCAGUGUUACUCUUCUCUAAGUAGCCCCACCACAUUCAGGGCUCAAACUGUUCCCUCUUCUCUCCAGAUGGAAUGUGAAAAGUGCUUGACUGGGUUUGUUGCCUUUCUAAAGCCAGGCUGCACAGGGAUCAGCUGUGGAGAACCCGACUCUAGCUCGCUCCACUCUGUUCGUUCUCCAGGCCCCUAGUAUGCAGGCCCUGCAGCAUCUGUGUUGUCAUGGACAUUUACCUACCAGGUGCAAUAUUAGCCUGGUCCCAGCUCAGUUAGUGCCGUCUUGCCAAACCAUAUGAUGUGGCAAUUAGAGAGUACUAACAGAUCUGCGACCAGGCUUAUAUUGGCCUGCUGGUGGCUAGUACUUUUUCAAAUGUAUCCUGGGUUUCUAAUCACUGGUCUUUCUUUUUAAAAUAUUAUUUAUAGCUCAGUUUAAGUGAUGUCUAGGCACUUUAUGGAUCCAUGAUUUUGGUGUUGGUUUUGAACUGAGAGUAAUUAGGUUUUGGAUUUUGCUUCUUUGGUGUUUACCAGGGCCUACCAGCAGGAGGCCAACAGAUAUGUUGUUGUUUUGGCUGCAUAGUAAAGUCGGACCCACUGGAAGGAAAACAGUUCAGUCUGGUUUUGAUUUACCCCAACCGUGUACACAGAAUAGUCCUAGCUUCCAAAUAAACAUUUAAAAUCUAGAUUCGAAGACUUUCUGAAACCACACUUCAUAACAUAAUGACUCUUUUGGCUGUAGGCACACAUUCAUGGAGAUCAAUGUACUUCAUUCCAGGAUCACUGGGGAGGAUUUAUUUUUUUUUUUUCAACAUUUUGUUUACGGUUUCACUCUGUGGCUUCAGGAUGUGUGCCAUAUUAUGUUUCUAGAAAAAGAACCUGAAGAAGACUUUCAGGCUGAAAGUGAGGCCUUGUUCUUCUAUGUUCUUAACAAAUAGUUUGUGACCAUGUGGUCUGACAUUUACCUCUUGGUAUUUUGAACUGUCAACCCUACAGUCAUUGGUGUGAACAAGUGUAUUUAGAAGAAAAUGUCACCUAUAGAUUCAUCUAUUACCACUAUGUUACCAAGCUUAGCUCAUCAGCCAUUACCCAUUUCCACCCAAGAAAAAUAGUCCAGCAACUUAUUAGAUGACGACUGGCUUUUUAUUGAGAACUAUGACUGACCGUGUUGACUCUAUCUUAGGGGGUUUCACCAAGGAGGUCAUACUUCCUAACUAUAGAACAUGAUUCAAGUUCCUAGUUCCUGGCCACACAGGCCACUACUGUUAUGAAACGUGGUGAGGGUGGUGGCAUGUAUCGUCCACGUUUGCCAAUAAACAUAAAAUGCUUCCUGUGUGGGUUGGUGGGUAGGUUCUAGUCACAUGGUGCCUGAUGGUCACAAUACUUUCUCUGUAUUCCUCUCCUGGUCCUGACAUACCAGCCAGUUAGUCCACCGACCUCUGCUCUUUCCUUCCACCCACCUCUGCUCUCUCCCUCGGUCUGAGUGAAGGCUAUCGCUUUCACUCUGCUAUUCUAGGUUGGUAAACACUACUCGUAAAUUGCUUAAUACCCCUCUCGGGUCUUUGGAAAUCACUUAACCUUACUCUCUAUGUGUCCCACAGAUAUAGUUCUAACAUGUAUGUUUGUCAAACAUUUACAUUUACAGAGUGCCCAGCUAGCACAUAACGUUCUGAGAACCAUAUCUUUCUUAGAGCUUGGUGAGAGCGUGCUUGUCCUAUGUUUAUUUUGCAUUCAACCUUCCCGCAACUUAUUGGGAAUGGUGCAGGAUAGUUGCUUAGCUUUUGAAUCACACAAAAAACUAUUCACAUGAUUGUCUAAGCAAAUUCAUUUCCAUGUGUCCUACAGUAUCUGUGCUUGAAGUUCAAAACAGUUAACCCAAACUGUUAUUAAAAGUCUUAUUGAAACAUGUUCUCAGAACAUUAUUGAAUUACCUUCAAAUAACCUAUCAUUUCUGUUUUUAGAUCAUUCAAAAAAUGUUCUCAGAACCUCCCUGCAAACUAAAAAUGUACGUUCUCAGAACUGGCAAAAUGUUUACUUCUGUUCUCAGAAUGUUAAAAAAAAGAAGUUCAGUUUUACCGGUCAGGAAACGUAUGGCUUCGUUCCCAGAACCAAUAGGAAACCAAAAAUGUAUGUUCCCACAACUUCCAUGAAACCAAAUGUGCUAGCUGGGUAGGCUAUCAUACUUACUUGCACACCAAGAUGGGGGCGAGAAGGAAUAGUAGUGUGGAUUUAUAUUGUCCAAUUGAAUGUACUAUAAUAUCCAAUAUAAUAUAUGACCAGAAAGGCAGUAGCUGGCUUGUAUAAUGCUGUACUAUAGGAGUUAUAGCCUAACACAUUGACUUCAUAGACGUAUGUGGAAUUGGUGAACCAGACCCUAGCACAGUACAAGGAAAUGCAAUUAUCCCUUUCAACCUGAAACAAUCACUUACCCAGAAGUUUUAAAGAGCAGAGCUAGGAAGACUCUAGAGCAGGUUUCAGACCUUUGUAGAGUAUGCUAACCUUUAGGGGGCCCACUCUGUCCUUGGUUGGGGAGGGGGGGGGGGACUGCUGGCUGCAUUGUUGAAUCCUGGUGUGGAAUGUGAGCUGUGUGCUCCGCUGAGGUUCUACGCACUGCGUCUUUUUUUUUCUGGCCACGGAAGGCCUUUAUGAAGCUCAUCUCUGUAAAGACCUGUGUAUUUUAUUUAAGUAGGCAUGGUUUUCCUGUAAUCCCACCUGGAAUCAUGUUGGAUACUAAUAACCAUGAAUCCAUCCCAAAGUUUUUACUGAGCCUUCAGAUGACUGGUUGCUGUUGAAGCUCCCCAAUGACAUAACAUGUAGAAUAGCAUUGAUGGCGAGUCGACUUCCUUGUCGAUGUUCAAUAUGAAUUGUACAAUUUGACCUGAUAAUCGUCUUACAAAUGGGUUACGUCUAGAAGAUUACAGGUUUAAAGGCAACAUUGGCGAGAAAUAACCUUCCAGUAAGAAACCAGGGGCUUCUAUUUAGAUGUGUGAAUCGUGCGACACUACCAACACAGUGACUCAGUUUUAAACCAGCUCCUAAAACGUUGUAACAUUUUCUUUUGAGACUCCCUCCUUGUCAUGGAUGUUCUCCUUAUUAGAGCAGACUUGUUAUAACUUUUCAGUGCGAAACCAGGGAGCUCUCCUUAUGCUGUGGCACGCUAGGUGAUUUAAUAGUUUUACAACAGUUUUCAGAGAACUGUGAGACUUUAUUUUUUGUCAAGUAGGUAUUUCUUGUGUUUGGCCUGGCUUUAGUCUGUCCUGUGUUUUUAACAAGCUGAUUUGUGGGUAUUAUGACAGGAAGUGCAAUGUUUGAGUCUGAGGGUGACUGUCAGCAAGCUAGUGGCGGGCUGGCUGGCUCUAGUUUGACAACUAACUUCGGGGGGGCUGAUAGGAGGAUGUACGUUAGGCAGACAGAGAUAUGGGAAUGGGAGUUGAGGUAAUCCACAACGUAUUAGGUGUACUCCACACACACACACACACCCCUCCCCACACAGUGGAAAUGGACACUGCCUGUUGGUGUAUUUAUAGACCCAGAGCUCUCUUUCUUAAACACGGACAGGGAGCUGCUCAUAGUCACUGGAGCUGUCCAAAUUGCAGUGGUACUUUCUAGAACACAGGCAACUGUUUUUUCACAGUGUUGUUUUCCUGUUUUAAUUUGCCCAGUAGGUCUCAUCAGGCAGGGGCUCCUCAUAAUUUAUUUUACUGUAAUUUAGCUGGUUCUUAUUUGUGUUGAAAAUACCACCGGCUUCUAUUAACCCAAUCUUCUGAGUACAAACUCUUUGAGAUAUCCAAACAGAGAGAUGGAGGGAGGAGUGAUGAACAGUGGGGGGUUAGAGGGAGGAGUGAUAUCUGAGAAGCCAGUGAUCCAGACGCAGCCGUCCACGCUGCCCUUCUUCGACACGGCCCACGCCUUCAACCUUCUCCGGGGGAUCCACGAGCUCCGUGCCGAGCGCAAGUUCUUCGACAUCACUCUGUGCGCCGAGGGCCAGGAGUUCCACUGCCACCGCACCGUGUUGGCCGCAGCCAGCACCUACUUCAGGGCCAUGUUCGCCGGGACAUUGAGAGAGAGCGCCAUGGACCGUGUGGUCCUUCACGAGGUGUCUGCUGAACUGCUGGGCCUGCUGGUGGACUUCUGUUAUACAGGCCGAGUCACAGUCACCCAGGAUAAUGUAGACCUUCUGCUGAAGACUGCCGACCUGUUCCAGUUCCCCUCGGUCAAAGAGGCCUGCUGUGCCUUCCUUGAGCAGAGGUUAGACGUCUCCAACUGCCUGGAGAUCCAGGACUUUGCCGAGGCCUACGCUUGCCGCGAUCUAGCAGUCAGCGCACGCCGCUUUGUCCUCAAGAACAUUGUGGAUCUGGCCAAAGGCAAGGACUUUGAGCGGUUGCCCUGGAAACGUUUGCUGGAGUUUGUGUCGGACGACGCGCUGUGUGUGGACAAGGAGGAGACGGCCUAUCAGAUUGCGGUGCGCUGGAUCAAAGCAGACCUACAGAGGCGGCUCCACUACUGGCCCGAGCUGCUGCAGCAGGUGAGACUACCCUUCGUGCGCCGGUUUUAUCUACUCGCCCACGUGGAGAGUGACCCACUGGUCUACCUCUCCCCCUCCUGCCUGAGAAUGGUGAGUGAGGCCCGGAGCUUCCAGUCGUGUGAGUACGACCGCCACGACAGACCCUGCCAGCGCAUGCGGCCACGGCCCUCAACCGGACUGGCUGAGAUCCUGGUUGUGGUGGGAGGCUGUGACCAGGACUGCGAUGAGCUGGUCACUGUGGACUGUUACAACCCUCAGACUGGACAGUGGCGCUAUCUGGCUGAGUUCCCUGAUCACCUGGGAGGGGGCUACAGUAUAGCUGCCCUGGGCAACGAUAUGUAUGUCACAGGAGGAUCUGACGGUUCGCGACUCUACGACGGCGUGUGGCGCUACAACUCCAGCGUGAAUGAGUGGACCGAGGUGUCGCCCAUGCUGAAAGCCCGGGAGUACCACAGUUCCUGUGUCCUCAAGGGCCAGCUGUAUGUGGUGGCGCCAGACAGCACGGAGCGCUACGACCACGCGCUGGACUGCUGGGAGGCCCUGCCCCCCAUGCUACACGCCAUGGACAACUGUUCCACCACCACCUGCAGGGGGCGCCUUUACGCCAUUGGCUCCAUGACCACCACUGGGGAGGAUAACAUGGCCAUCCAGUGCUAUGAUUCGGAAGCCAAUCGAUGGACCCUAGUCAACUGUGGCGAGCUGCCGCCAUGGUCCUUCGCUCCCAAAACGGUCACUCUCAAUGGGCUCAUAUACUUUGUCAGGGAUGACUCGGCAGAGGUCGACGUCUAUAACCCUCAGAAGAAUGGAUGGGACAAGAUUAGCCCCAUGACACAGGUCCAUGUAGGAGGCAGUGUGGCAGCCCUGGGCGGUCGUCUCUUUGUGUCUGGUGGCUAUGACAACACGUUUGAGCUGUCUGAUGUGGUGGAAGCUUAUGACCCCUCAACCCGUACCUGGACCCCCACGGGCCGCCUGCCCCAGCCCACCUUCUGGCAUGGCAGUGUCAGUAUCUUCCGCCAGUUCAUGCCCGCCGUAUCCAACACUUUCGAACCCAUUGACCUGCCCGAGGCCAACUCCAUCCACCUGCACCGACACCACCGCAACCAGGCCCUGCACAACCACAACCUCAAUCUCAACCAGAACCACGACGUCAACCCAGUGUAACACUACAUGGACUAAUGGUUCAGGGGAUAUCAUCCUGACUGUUUCAGCCAUUAGUGCCAUUUUAGGUUUACUGUGAAAACAUACACCUCAUUAUGAUACUACAGAUAGACAGUAGAAAAAUGUUAUAGUGCACUCUGCUUAUAGCGAAUGCGGUUAUAGAGAUUAACUGCUUAUAAUGAUCAAAUUGUCCUGCAUGGAUGAGAUCACUAUAGGACUGUCAUUACAUUACACUGUGUCACUUCUGUGGCAGAGCUUGUGUGCAGUUGUCAUCCCCUUGUUAUUUACUUGCCUGCCACUCUGUCAUAGCUCACGAUCAGUUUGCCUAUUAUUGACUGGACUAAUAGACUGGCUGGGUAUGAAGGUCUCAUAUUGGGGAAAGCACAAGCUGCCCGUACAUGGGCAGGCAGUAGUAGUGUUUCGUCUUGAUUAUGCUUGUGUCAUUUGUCUUUUUUACAUAAUCAAGUAACUAUGGAGCUGUUUUCCACUUUUCGGUUGUUUAGAGUGAGAUCCAACAUCAUCCUUCAGAAUCAAUGGCAUGAGCCCAUACAUUCCAAAAGCCAACACCACCACAAAAAGGUUUUUGAGCACUAAACCCGAUUUGAUCAUCAUUGAGAGAUGUAUCUGGAGAUUUGUCCAGAGCUAUACUGCUAGGAACCUGUUAUGGAACCAUAAGGUGGAAUCAGAACAUGGUUGCAUAUGAUGCAACUGGGACUGGGCUGAUCGAUUCCGUAGAUGAGUUCUCAUUCUAUUUCUAUAUCCCUGUUUUAUACCUGGUGCUAACAUGGGUCCUUUGUCCUAAUCUUGUCUACAUUCUGAUUGUGCAAACAUUUCAAGAAACGUGUCUACACAUGGUUUAAAAUGUCUGUUAUUCGUCCAGGGCAGCAAGUAGCCUAGAGGUUAAGAGCGUUGGGCCAGUAACUGAAAGGUCACUUUUUCAAAUCCCUGAGCUGGCAAAGUGGGAAAAUCUGCUUUUCUGCCCUUGAGCAAGGCACCAACAAUAACAACUGCUCCCCUGGCGCCUUGAACAUUAAGGCAGCCCCCCACACCUCUCUGAUUCAGAGAAAUGCGUACGACACAUCUCGGUUGAAUGCAUUCAGUUGUGCGAAUGUCUAGGUGUCCCCUUUCCCACUGUGUCGGCAUUGUGACCAGAUUUCCUAGUCCCUUCCUUUUUAUACAAAUGAUUUCAUAGCUAUUCUUUCAAAAUAAUAUAGAUUUAUUGUAAGACAUGUUGAUCUAAUCAGUUAAUGGUCCCACCUGUCAAUGAUUUUAGAGGGCGGAAUAAUUAUUAUAUAAAUGGUUUCUCUGUCCAGAUCUGUCUAGACUUGUAGACAGACACGCAUUGUGUCUGGAUAUCUUACAUCUGGAAGUGAGCAGGAUGAUCUGAUCACAAUCAGAUCACAAUGUGUCUUUUAAUUAUCUACACCUGUCUAAAAAUGUGGGCACAAUCAGAAUGUGGACAAGAUCAGGGCAAAGGAUGCAGGUAUAAAUGGGGCUAAUGACAAUGUUCUAUCAAAUGCUGAUCACCAUUUUCCUCUCCCACAUCCGGACUGACUCUGUUUCAGACUUUGUUGGCAUGACUACCAAUCUAGCCUGCAUGAAUUACUGGUCAUAUAUUUUCUUUGAAGAUUGCCUUCAUUAUAGAUGCUUUAUUUUAUUAGAAUGGUUUAAUUGUAUUUAUGAAAAUGUAUGUUUUUAUAGUGUUAUUUCUGAUAAUGUUAGUUUUUUCCAUUGCAACAGGAGGCACAGGUACAUAUGAAAAUAGAUUGUGGUAAAACGACCACUGUCAACUGGAAGUAAUAACACAUUCUCAGCUUAUUUCUGUAACAUUGUUUGACUAAAGUCAUUUUUAGUAUUGUGUACUUACAUGAAUGCUAUUAUGUUUAUUGUGUUUUCUUAGUUUUCAUACAAGUUGUUUGUGUUCAAACAUUUUUGUGUUGUAGUGAUGUCCUUACAGUGAGUGUUAUCACAAUAAAACUGCAGGCAGGACUGUUAA